ACCGAGUGAGCCGAGACAGCGUCACUCACUCGCCGAGAGGGGAGCUGGACGUCCCGCUGUCUCCGGUGGAAUACAAGGAAUGGACAUUGAGAAGGUCAACUCCAUGGACCUUGGAGAAUUCGUGGAUGUGUUUGGGAAUGUCACUGAGAGAUGUCCUCUGAUUGCAGCUGCUGUUUGGUCCCAGCGGCCAUUAUCUGAUUUGGAAGAUUUAGAGAAGCACUUUUUUGCCUUUAUUGAUGCCCUUCCACAGUCAGGCCAGGAGGGCAUCCUGCGCUGCCACCCGUACCUGGCGGGCAGCGAGCUGCAGCGGGGCACGCUCACGGCCGAGUCGCAGCGGGAACAGAGCGGCGCAGGCCUGUGGAGCCUGGGCGCGGACGAGCGGCUCCGGCUGGCCGAGCUCAACGCGCAGUACCGCGCGCGCUUCGGCUUCCCCUUCGUGCUCGCCGCGCGCUUCAGCAACCGGACGGCGGCCGCGCGGCUGCUCUGCCCUUCCGCGCAGGAGCUGCGCACUGCUCUGGGCGAGGUGAAGAAGAUCGGCAGCCUGCGCCUGGCCGACCUCCUCCGCGCAGACCCCGCCAAGCUGUAGCUGCCGCGCGGGCCAGGGACCCGGGACGCACAACCGGACGCGCGGGGGCCACGGCCCGGAGCUGUGCGUCCUGGGCGGGAGGCGGACUCGGGCCUGGAACAGCGUCCACACACGUGCACAAAGGAAGUGGAGAAUUGAGGCAAUCAUACGAGUAAUGAGUCCUUUUGUCCGCCCACUCACACGCGCACGCGUUGCCAAAAUAUCCAUAUUGUUUAGUGCUUUGCCCCGGAUUUAUCCAGCUCACUGCUUCAAUUCUUCACUCCCUUUGCGGCCCCCGACACCACCGGCCUUUGUGGAUUCCAAAGCGUUUAUCCAGUUCUCCCCAACCCUCUCCUGCUAAGCCCGAACUGCAAAGCAAAACGGACGGAAAAGGAAUCUUUUAUGCCACAGCGGUUUGUCUGUUUUUCUCUUUUCCCACUUCAUUUGCUGCACCCGACCUUUACAUGUGAGCGGAAGCGGUGUUCUCGCUCUUGGGCACUAGGGGAGCAGACUGGGAGCCAGGAAAGUCAAACGAGGGGAGCCGGGGAAGCCGCAGGAAGGAGGCGGUGGGCCGGGAAGAGCCCUGCGAAGGGAA